UGGCAAAGCCGUGUUCGGAUCCGUAGGAAAGUGAAGAGCACAGUACAGUGCUGUAUUUGGUGGCACAAGAGCGCUGAAGUGUGCCGUGUCUCUACCCGUCCUCCUCCCACUGAGAAUAUGUUGACUAGGUAGCACAGGCUUUCUCGGCGGUGGAAGGACGAGGAAUAAAAUGACGCGACUUUGCUUGCGUCCUGGCAGGAGUCCGGAUUUGUUGCACGGUGGUUUUUGCGUUAUUCUGAGCCGCAUCUUUUCCCUGUUGUUUCGGACCGUGGCCCAUUUACUCUUUCUUGAGGUUGUUCUUGGAGCUGCAAGCUACGAAGAUGCGGUGUCCCUGUCCGCUUACAAGAAGAAGGGAGGCACGGUAUUCCCCCUGGCCUGGAAUGACACGGACCCACCACAGAUACUGGACCAAGUCCACCGCAUCAUGCAGAGCACUAUGCCUCUUUAUCGAGUCCCGAAUCGGCAAGGAAAAUUGCACUGGUUCAAUCUCUGCCAACCGGAAGCCCUGGAGAGGGUGAAUGCCGAACUAGAGCCUUUGCUGCUGCAAUAUAUGAACCUCUCUGAUGUCGCCGAGUGGAUGAAAGACGUGUCUCAAAGAGUGCAGCAGCAGCUAUCUGCAGGGUUAAGGCUUGAUAGAGUCUGGUAAAUAUGCAUUUUUAUAAAUAUAUGUACCAGGGAGGGAGGCCCUCCCUCCCCUCACCCCUGUGGAUGGAGAUGUGGUGGCGUCGGCGCGCCCUUUUUUCCGCGGUGGUGUGAGGAUUCUCGGGGGCGAAGGCCUCAAAAAGCAGAGCCGGAGCCCCCUUUCGGCUCUCCGCGUGUAUCCCAAAGGCGUCCCGACUCUCGGACCCUAUCAGGGGGACGGCCUCCAGGGGUAGAAGGCCGCCGAAGGCAGCCACGGCCGCGAGGCCUGGCCGCCUUAGCGGGGUUGCCCUCAUUCAGCGUCAGCCGCCACCAAACGCCCGGGGGGUUGGCGACCAAAAGCGAGGAGGAGUGGGGGCAAAGCGUGCCCGCCUGGGUUCUGUCUGACGCAUGCAGCACGGCGAACGGGGUCAAGGCUUGCCACCUGCUGCCCUCGGAGGCCUCCCACCCCCCGGGAGGCUCCCCCAGUGAGGAGCCCGCACACCCGGGGGAGGUCUUUCGGGGACAUGCAACACGGCAAGGGGGUCAAGCCUGGCCCCCUUUGCUGCCUUCGGAAGCCUUCCACCCCCGGCCGUCGGUACUUGAGUGGCCUGCUCAAGGGCAUGGGUUUGGUAGGGUACCGGCAAGAAGCCGCGAGGGCGUGAAGGUGGGCGUUUGGCGGCCUUCCCGCCCGGCUGUCUAUCGGGGAAUCGGGCCCGGGGCUGGGGGCCUCCCUAGAUCGGGGAGGCCUUCAGCCCUGAGCCCUAGAGCAUGCAUGCUGGUGAAUGUCAGACACAGGCCCAAAAUAAGUGAUUCAGCUUUUCCACCACAGAGAUGAAAAAUUAUCAGCGUCAACUUCCACAUCUUUAUUAGUAUACAACUAGGAGUCGCUCAACAAAGAGAAGCAUCUACAACAUCUUCGAGUAGUGAAAUAUACAAUAAAUAUAGAAGAAAAAUUUGGCUCAAGGAUGUUCUUGUUUCCCCCUUAUUUUCUCGUAGAGGUGUGCUGCAAAUCUUGAUUGGCUUUCACCUCUUAGGUGAAGGUUUAGGUCCUGCGACGCUCAAAGCACUAAGUAAAGCAACCGGUUAGUUUUCACCUCCACACUCUUAGGCUUAUCCCAUGCAACAAUGAAUAUAGAAGAGGCAGCUCUUCUAAAUAUAGGAGGUGGGCAGUUGCAAGAUGUUCUGAGCAAAGAGGGGUCACUAGUGACCACAGAGGAAGCGGUUCGUGUCCAAUUACUAGUGGACGUUCGAAAAGUCCUGGAUGACGGACAUUUCUGUAUCAGCUAUUUUCUUUAUGGCUACAAGUAAAGGGGAAAUUCAUAUCUGAUUCAUCUGAUACUUAGACAGCAUGAGAAUCUUACCUCCACUCGCUGUAGUGUACACGACUACAUCAUGGGCCAGGUUCCUAGUAAGAGCUGUGCAAAGCCCCUCAGAGAUGAAUUAGGAGCACUGUCAUUUUCUGCCGGAAACUUUGGACUUGAUGAUGGACACCCUGAGGAAUCCAGGACCACACAGGGGAGGAGCUUCAAAAUCUAUAGCUGAUACAGGGGGUAGGGAAGAAGAUUCUUCGGGUACUAGUUCAGACAGCAGUAAACUUCUGGGAAGCAAGAUCGCGUCUAUUGUGAAGGGUUUCCUAGAGCAUAGUUGCGACACAUACGGCGCCGGAGGCGGUAUGUGCAUCAUGCAGGCACACCGAUAUGACGAGCCAGAUAAACGCGAUCGUCGAAAGAUACUUCUCAAUUCCAACUGUCAAAUAUGGAAACCAGACACGUCGAGCGGGAUGCUCACGCAACUCUUUCACUGUCCUCUUGGAGCCCCGAUUGCCCUCUUUGUCCUACCGAAAAUUAUGAAAAAGGCGAUAGCCAUAUAGGGGUUCGGACUUCUCGAUUACAGUGAUGAGUUACAAGUUGACUCAUCUGUACGACUAGUAGAUCGAUUAAAGAGUUGAUACUGGGUGCUAAACCAGAGUAAAAGGACUUCUUCAUGACCUCUUGUUUUCUAAAAAGGGUGGCACCAGUAGUGCGGUGAACUAUAUUCUCGAUGUCGAGCCUUAUACGCGAAGUUCGUUGGGUAAGGCAAUGGAGUCAAUGCUGAUACGACCGAAGGUGAUGAUCGACUGGCUCGCUUCGGAGUUAGACUUGUACUUGGUUUUGGCGUAGUUUCGUCAUUCCCUGUAGGUUUUUUUCGAUAUACCGCAUUAUCACAUUAUCAAGGUUAACGAUGCACUUCUUUGUAGAACCUCACUCAUACUACAACUACCAAAACUUACAGCUGGGGUCACAUCGACAAGAACGACGUGGUGCAAGAUCUGUCGCAAAGGCUGAUGCACCGGUUUCCACCUGACGCGCAUACUUAUGAGCGUAUUUUUGUACUCAUCGUUUGGUGCGUAGUACGGCAGUCAAGAAAUGACUGCAAUGAAACUCAAACUCGUAAAUUAGAAUCUUCUCUAUCUUAGUUCUGCCACAUAUCCAUUGAUCAACAGAGGAAUGUUUUCUAAGAUCUGCAACAGCACUGGACCUGGAUGCGGUUCUUGCCUCCUGCACAUUUGUGUCCGAACUGUUGUUUGAAGCAGAAGUGGCGUAAAAAAGUGGUCUUGGCGAGAAACCCUUUCGUGCGGAUGGCCUCGAUGUAUCAGUUUGCAUGGUUGCCGACAGGUAUGCAUCCAAGCGAGGCUAUUCGCAAAGCAAAGGAGGAAGAGGCUCGAGAGGUGGGUAGCUCGGACGAGCAAAAGAUUGAAGAUGGAGCAUCUGUAGACGACACUUCCUCGGCAAGACCAGUGAGGAACAAGAAACGUCUUGGUCCUUACCAAGAUUGGACUGAUUUUUCGGAGUGGUUAAGGAAAAUGCUCGAUCUGCGUGCGACGUGGAGAAGACGGAACGGAGUAGGAUUCACCCGAGAUCUCACUGAAUAUUUUGUUACGGCGCAACCGAUUGGCUUUCUUGAUAAGUGAGGAAUAUACAUAUUUAUAGAACUUUGCCUCGGCGUUCCUGUACUAUAUCUCUUGUACUAUACCUGUUCCUCGCAGCUCGUCGUGAAUUGUGAGGGUGUAUCUGACUCACUCUAACACCUCUGACAAAAGCUCUCCGCAGAUCUGUACGAAUAGUAGCACCAAAGAGGAUCUCGACUUGGCUUCUCGAUUAGGACAUGCGGUGAUGCCAGACGUAAAACUAGGUGAAGGAUUCUGUUAUCACGUGGAGUCGGAAGUCGACGUCUCAGAUAUCUUCCACAUGCGGCCAUUUGAAGAUAUGAUCAACGACGAGACCUUCCUAGACGUCAAUGGUAAAAAUGAAUAGAAAGUGUUUGUUAGAUAGUUGUAAACUGUAGUCGUAGUUCGUAGUUUUUUCUGUCAACAGGAAUGUGUCAAAUCAACGGGACUUCUCUGCGUAACAAUAACAAUUUGCUGCGACGGCUGACGCAUUUGAUAUCCCAAACCACAUCACAGGUCCCAUCCGCGAUUUGGAUGAUUUUUUCGUUCUUCAUUUAGAAACUAUAAGUGACGACUUGGCUGAGCUGUACGUGCUGCUCUGUGAAGAGUAUAACUACUGCGAGCCGCCGCCUAGGAAGUUUCCGAAAGUUCUUCCUGCUUCGAAUACUGAACGCAAAAUCUGCGAUUUCAAUCCGCGAACGCUCAAGUAUGCGAACUGUGAGACAACUUGGGAGGCUCUGUGGACACCUAAGAACGUGGCGCUCGUGAGGGAACACUAUGCCUUCGACUUGGAAUUUUUUGGGUAUAGCGAGUCCCCAGAGUACGUGAUGCCGUUGAAGUGGAUGUAGCGCGUGCUUCUGCUCAGGAGGGCGCUCAGCAAGCGUAGCCUUCAUCAGAGGAGAACUCGGCUAAGCCGCGGAUACAGUGGUUCUCGAGGGGAGCAAUUCUGUAUAGUGCCCAUUCACCAGAGGACUUCGCCAAGUCUUCUAAGCGUUUCCUAUUUCUACUACGUUUUCAACAUCAUCACAAUCCUGGUAUUCCGCCGACUGUUCUUACUUUUCACAUGAAUGAUUGAGCGCUUAGUUGCACAAUGAAUCGAUCCAUAGGGGGUCUCGGCUCACUGGUUUGGUAUUGAACUUUCAACUUUCUCAGGAUAGCCUUCAUGGAGCCAAAGUGCUCGGAUGGGCUGGGACUCCACCUGAAUAAUAAUGGUAACAUUGUAAUGAUGUGCUUCGCACCCCAAGAGGAGAAAGGUUUUGCUUCUAUAGCAACGAACUAUCGUGGUGGGCCUUCGAUGCGUCGUGUGAUGUGCCUCUACCUAGGUGUUAGUGGCAAAAUCUAUGAUUUGAAACUUGUCGAUUGCGCCCACAUGAUAAUCAAGGAUCCUUCAUGGAAGAAACUAGCAGGGAUCAUCUUCCUCACGAAUCGCG